UUGUUUGUUUUCACCAUCCGCAGCAUACCGCCAUACGGAAGCUUUGAAGUAGACAUCCUUUAAAGCUCGCAGGAAAGGGGCCGGCGUUAGUGAUUCUCUACGAAGCACCGACAGAAAAAUCGCUCAAAAUGGUGCUCUUGGCGGCUGCGGUGAUGACUAAAUCCGGAAAGGUGAUCGUGUCCCGGCAGUUUGUGGAGAUGAGCCGUGCGCGAGUGGAGGGCCUUCUUCUGGCAUUCCCAAAGCUGCUUGGUGCCGGCCGGCAGCACACCUUUGUGGAGACUGAGAGUGUACGCUAUGUGUACCAGCCGCACGACAAGCUGUACGUGCUGCUGUUGACCACACGUGCCAGCAACAUACUUGAGGACCUGGAGACCCUACGACUGUUCUCGCGUGUGCUGCCUGAGUACUGCCGUGGCCUGGAUGAGCAGGAGGUAGCGGAACAGGCAUUUAACCUCAUCUUUGCGUUUGACGAGAUUGUGGCCCUGGGCUACCGGGAGAGCGUCAACCUGGCUCAAAUCCGCACCUUCGUUGAAAUGGACUCGCAUGAGGAGAAGGUCUACCAGGCUGUUCGACAGACACAAGAGCGUGAGGCCAAGCUGAAGAUGAAAGAGAAGGCCAAGGAACUACAGCGGGCACGGCAGGAGGCGCGCAAGGGAGGUGGCGGGCGACCCAGUGGCUUUGGAACUGGCUUUGGCUCAGGUUCAGGCUUCACACCCACAGCCGUGUCUCCGGACACACUCAGUGAGCCUGCAUCACCCAAACCCUCCACCUACCUGCCACCAAGUCGCCCAACGGGUGGCAGUGGGCCCAACAAGGCCCUCAAACUGGGAAGCAAGCAUCGCGAAUGGGACACUUUUGCAGAUCAGCUCAAGCAGGAGGGUGAAACCAUCUCAAGCCAAACGUCUGCAAAAUCCCAGUCCUCUUCGGCAGCUGCCCGAAACAUUCCACAGCCGGCCAAUGUUGAAGCGGUCAGCCUCAACAUAGAAGAAAAGGUGACCCUGACGGCACUGCGUGACGGUGGUCUGCAAAACAUGGAAGUGCACGGCUUGGUGACGCUCCGCAUCACAGAUGAGCAGUUUGGACGCAUCAAACUCAUCUUUCAGAACCAUGAUGACAAGGGCGUCCAAAUACAAACACACCCCAACAUAGACAAGGAGUUGUUCAAGAGUACGCAGCAAGUGGGCCUCAAAAACCCCGCCAAGCCGUUUCCCGUCAACUCUGACGUGGGCGUGCUGAAGUGGCGUUUCCAGACCCAGGAUGAGAAGAUGGUGCCACUGUCCAUCAACUGCUGGGUGUCUGAAGCUGGUGGCAACAACUGCGAUGUGAACAUUGAGUACGAGCUGGAGCAGGAGCAAUUGGAGUUGAAUAAUGUGGUCAUCAGCAUUCCACUCAGCAGCCACGGCAGUGGAUCAGUGGUGGUGAACGAGUGCGACGGCGACUACCACCACGACAGCAGACGAGGCGUGCUGGAGUGGCAGCUGCCGUUGAUCGACGUCUCCAACAAGUCUGGCAGCAUGGAAUUCUCGGCUCCAGGCCGUCCCAACGACUUCUACCCUGUUCAAGUUCAGUUUGUCUCCAAGACACUCUACUGUGACAUGCGAGUCGUCAACGUAGUGUCUGUGGAUGAUGAGUCGCCUGUGAAGCACUCGCUCAACACGUACCUCAUAGUGGACAAGUACGAGGUCAUUUAAGGGACCUACGAAUCACCAUGAGGCAAUGUUUGAGAAGAAACAAAGGAGCAGUACGUUUGCUGCAGAUUUCAGAGUAUCAGCAACAUGUUCAAGAGGGCCACUGCAUUUUUUUUGUCUCGGUUAUUUUGUUUGCUUCAUCUACCAAACAUGUUAGUUAAUGUGGCUAAAGAAAUAAACUUUAUUUUGACCCUUCAAA